AUGCCCACUGUGCAUAUGAAAUUAUUAUUAUUGUGUUUAUUUAAAUUUAUCAUAUGUCUAAUUUAUGUAAUACAUGGUACUUAUCGUAAUGAACCGGUUCUAUUUGAAUUAUUGAUGGAAGAAUGCACAUCUGUUAAUCCAGUUCAAUUUUUACGUCAUCUUGAUGAUACAUUAAAACAUGCCAAUUAUCAAAUAAUAGAUUUUCAACAUUUACAACAAUUACGUUUAGCUAUAUGUGCACAUACACUAACACCCGAUCAUCCAGAAAUACAGUUAAAACAUGCCAUUGUUCAUCUUCCUCUUAUGAAAACACGAGAAAACUCCAUGAUCUAUUUGAAAUAUAUGAAUUAUGUAGCCUAUUAUAAAACACACAUAAAUUUACGACAAAAAUAUGUCAUGUACUGUUAUGAACAUCACGGUCAUGUUUCUAAGGAAAAAUUUGUUAACGAUACAUAUAUAGCGUCAUUCCACGCUGUCAAUGAUGGUGAACGACAUUUAACAAUAAUGGUCGACGAUGACAUGAGAUUAUGUUAUCCACAAACGCCCGUAUUACUAGAAAUGUUAAUCUAUGAAUGGUAUGGUAAACAACAACCGCAAAUCAUUCCUUUUCCAAAAAUCAAUUAUUAUCAAUCGACGGAUAAAGGUGGUGGAUUGAUUGAAUAUGCUGAUGAUCCAUAUUUAGGCGAAAAUUAUAUUAAUUUUCAAAAAGCACUUUUAUCUAAUGAAUUAUUACAACAAGUACAAGUACAGAAUGGCAUAUGUCAGAUUAUUGCCAUUAUUUGUAAUUUAGAUGUGCGUGAUAUAUUCAUUAAUGAUAUUAGUUAUGAUCGUUUUCGUUAUGAUAUCACAACAAAUCGUCUAGCUAUUAGUCAAUAUGGUGGAGCUGUUGUAGGUCGCUCAAAUAUAAAUCGUUUUAGUCAAGUAUCACAAAAUCGUUUUGAUUCAACGUUGUAUCGUUUUGCAUUACGUGUCGAACAUUUCCAUCAGCAUGUUGAACCAAGACAAAUAUCGCAUUAUUUUGAACCAAAUCAAUGGCAUGCAUAUGAACGUUUAAUACAUGCUGUAUUAAAUUUAGGAGAAGGUGGUGAAAUAUGUCGACAUUUCAGUAUUGUCAGAAAACAAAAUUUAAUAGAAAAAAUAGCAGAAACAUUUCAUCGUGUUACCGGUUAUCAUGAUGCUGAAGAACGUGCCAUAGCUGCUAAAUUUAUGAGAAAAUUUCAUCUACAUUACAGUAAACGACGAAAUUUAUUUACAUGUGAUGAUAUACCACCUAAUUUGUUAAAAACUCAACAUGCUAAAUCACCGAUAGAUCCAUUAAAAAUGAAAGAGAGUAGAGUUAGUCAUGCUGCGUUUGGUAAUGUUCCAACAACGAGACUUCUUAUGUCAGCUACUAAUCGUCCUACGUUUUCUCCAUCGGAUCUACCUCAUUUGUCAUCUAAUUCCCCGGAUAGACAGCGACUUCUCAAUUUGUACGACCUCAACAUUCCAGAAGAGCGUACUAGCUGUCGGCCAACCACAGCAAUAGCAUUAGACAAUCACCAAAGACAACUCCCAACUUUUGAGUUAUCUGCUGUAUCGUCACUACGAGAUACACGCGCUCGCAUGCGGUUACCCACUCUUACUAUCCGGUGUGAAAAUGAUAUUCCACCCUGUGCUCCAAAAACCGCCUACUUUACUCCAACAGUAGACUCGCCCGAAAUGAGUCAUGGUGUAAAUUGUCCGACAAUGUCACAACCUCAUCUAGUUCUUCAAGAUGUCGUUCAAUGUCGAAGACAUGUAUUGUGUGACGAUUGUGAAGAUACGUCGGAUAAUGAUUCUCAGUUUCCUAUUGUCUUUAGAAGUACUCGUUCAUCAUAUGAAAAUGAUGUUCUGCCAUUAGUUCGAGAACAAUGUGUACAUUGGUCGGAUGCUUUACCUAUUCAACACAGAAUUGAUAAUGGGGAAAUUAUCGGUCGGUACUGGUGGCAUGCUUACGCUGGUGUAACAAGUUUACUUGUAGGUGUGCUAUACGCCGAAAUCUCACCUGAUUUUAUAUCAGAUAUGAAUGGCUUCCAUUUGAACUAUAUUGCUAUUCGUAUCGGUUAUGAAAAUCAUGAUAUUAUUAACCGUUUAAUGGCACGUGCUGAACAACACGCAUGGAAUUUGGGUUUGGAUUUUGUUAGUGCAACGUAUUUGACGCAAGCUAGACAUCAGUUUUUUAACCAACGUGGCUAUUACGAUUAUGUAACCGAUGCUAUGUCACAGGGUGAAGUACGUCUGAGAAAUCCACGAGGAAAACAAUCAAGAGAUCCAAGAGCCUACUAUGGAUCGGAUGAUCAAAUUGAUGACUUAGGAUUAUAA